AUGAUUUACUAUGACACGUCGCGGUUGUGGGGUGUUUUGCUCCGUUGGCAUGGAUCGGCGUUGAACGGUCAAGCACCAAUGCGUGCACUGAUCAUGGCGAUGAUUGCGUUGGUUGUUGCAGUCACGAACCAUUACCACCCGUUCGUGGUGGCCACGCGAAACUCGACAGCGUUCACGGACUCGUUGACGGUAUUCAACACGUUCCUGGGUCUUAUCAUCUCCUUCCGGUUGAAUUCGGCCUUCACGCAAUGGCGAGCUGGAAUGGUGGCCAUAGGGGCACUAUCUGAGGCUGCACGCGAAAUUGUAGGCUCUGGCUGUGCGUACGUGAGCACGACCAUCAAAGAAGAACUCAAGGAGCACAACGUAGAGGACACGAACGACGAAGCUAUUGCUGAGGCAGCCAAGCGCAGUGGCCGGACAAUGGAGGAAGAGAUCGAGCUGGGCAAGAAGCGUAAGCACCUCGGCCACAAGCAUCAACCUAUUCCUCGCGAUGUCUUGGAGAAGUGCACAUUUUUCACGGAGUUACGUCGUCUAGUAUUCCUGUACAUCGCUAUCGUAUUCCACGAUUGUCGUGGUCGAGACGGUAUCGACAGGUUGAAGGACUCUGGUGUGUUGACCGACGCUGAAUACGACGAGCUAUACGCUUGCGGCUCGGAACACAAGAAAGAAGUGAAGGAUAAAGAAUCAUAUCGUGCUCUGGUUCGUCGUACUCCACACAAACUCCGUGCCACAAUCACCGAGCUUUGGCUCAAGCGCUUGGUACAAGUUGCUACUCGACGGGGACACCUGACACUGCCAAACGCCAACAAUUUGCAGAUCAAGAUCGCGCAACUACCGAAUUUGUACACUACGGUAUUCAACAUUGCCAACGUCCCGAUUCCUUUCAACUACAUGCAGUACCUGCAGUUUUUACUGGCAAGUUACAUGCUGCUGUAUACCUUCGUGAUCGUGCCGAACUCGGGACUAUACACGCCGAUUUGGGUCUUUUUGUGGGGCACAUUCCUGUUUAUGGCCGACGAAGUUGCCAUGGAAAUCGAAUGUCCCUUUGGUUUGGAUGCCAAUGAUAUUGACCUGGAAGCGCGGCUUCUGCAGAUUGAGGAGGAACUCACGGUCCUGAUCCGCAGUCAGUACUAUUUCGUGACGGGAGGUGCGAGUCUUUCGCACAUUCCGGAGAACUUGGAAGACGGAUCUUGGCGUCAAGUGCCGUACGCGAAGUUGCGGUCGAAGUCUGCGAUCACUGAGUCGUUCUCCUUCCACCAGGGUCGACUCUCUCCAUCGAAUAUGGCGAUGGUGCAGCAGGAUUCACUACCUGAAAUCAACGAGUUCACUGCUUUGAUUCAAGACCCGGCGACGGCGAAGGAUAAGGAAAAGGCGGACUUGGCGAAAACUUUCGAGUACGGUUCCACGGAUAUCGUGGCUUAG